CUAGAACAUUUUGAUUUGCAGAGUCGAAUCGAAUCAGAGCUCCACGAGACAGAACGGAAAUGGCAGCUCCUUCAUCUUCGUCACUGUUAUCCAAGGCGGGACCUGCUCUGCGCCGUCAAGUCCUCAAUUUGACUGACGCCGCCGCCGAUAGAAUACGCCAGCUCCUCCAGCAGCGCCAGCGCUCUUUUCUACGUCUCGGAGUCAAGGCUCGCGGCUGCAAUGGCUUGUCCUACACCCUCAACUACGCUGAUGAAAAAGCGAAAUUCGAUGAGUUGGUUGAAGAUAAGGGUGUGAGAAUAUUGAUUGAACCCAAGGCUCUGAUGCAUGUUGUUGGAACAAAAAUGGAUUUUGUUGACGAUAAACUAAGAUCCGAGUUCAUUUUUAUUAACCCAAAUUCAAAAGGGCAAUGUGGUUGUGGAGAAUCCUUCAUGACAACAAGCAACGCAGAAGCUUCAAAGCGAGGUAGCAGUUGAGCAUUGUAUAACAAGUUCACAUCUGCGAGUUAUAGCUUCUAGGGUAUGUAUUUUGUUGGAAAUUAAAGGACACCGCGACAAGUGGAAAAUGUUGAAUAAAGGAUAUCUGAGUGAUGUAUCAAAAUGAUGAGUCCAAGCAGUAUCUAUCUAUGAAAAGUUCUAACCGGAUAGAAUGAUUCAUUUUGUUAUACAAGUAUCAUUUUCUUUUGAUGGCACUUGAGAGUGUAAAUGUAACAACACUUUUGCCCAUGACAACUCUAAUAGUUAUUUGUUGUAAAUAAUAUACUCUUAUAAAUUAAUAAAACUGUUGUGCUUCUUUGGCCCUUGGGGCAAGAAUAAACA